UUUGCAAGACAUCUUUUGCACGUAUGGGUGCCGUUGUCUCUACUUUUGUGCCCGCAUACAUGCACAAUCCGAAGUCGAAAGAGCAAACGUCCAAAGUUUCUUGCUGGCUUGCUCUUAGUAAAAGUGAAAUCGUUGAGCGGUGGGCCCCAUUUAGCCGGAACAACAAGAAGCAGCAACAAGUGGCGAUCGAUUUUUUUCUCGUAGCGCAUUCAAACAAAAGAAAAUGGCACCAUCUGUAAUCCCAACUAGCGUCAAUCCCGAUAUCCAGAAAGAGCGCGAUGCGGCCAGCUUCAGCAGCGAAGAGUUCGCAGCCUGGUGGUCAGGUGGCGAGGAGAAGCUAAAGUUCAACCGGGACGUGCGAGAAUACCUGCAAAAGGAUAUGGAUGUGGAGGAGGUGCAACAGUUGCACAACAAGUCGCACGAGGAGAUCUACGAGGCUUCCAGCAAGUGGGCCAUUCUGGCGGCCAAGAAGCUGCAGCGGCUGCAGAAGGAGCGUAAUCCCGGGGGAAACGACUACUGGCCUACUCUUUAUGACAACCAGGUCAUGUGGGGCCUGAUUCCAGGUGGCAAUCCCUUCGGCGUGAUGUACGUGAUGCUUGUAAAGGCACUGCAGGCUCAGUGCACCCCCGAACAGUACGAGGAGUUCGGCAAGCGGAUAGAGAACUUUGAGGUCUGCGGAACGUAUGCCCAGACAGAGCUGGGGCAUGGCACGUACCUUCGCGGACUUGAGACCCGGGCUGAUUUUGAUCAGAAUACGGACGAGUUUGUGCUGAACACUCCCAAGAUAUCCUCCUACAAGUGGUGGCCUGGAGGCUUGGGGCAUAGCUCCAACCACUGCAUGUUGAUGGCCCAGCUGUACAUUGACAAUAAGCCAAAGGGUCCACACAUGUUCUAUGUUCAGGUGCGCGACGAGGAGUCGCACGAGCCUCUUCCUGGCAUCCACAUCGGUGACAUCGGCAAGAAGAUGGGCUUCAUUGGCGUUAACAACGGGUUCCUCGGCCUGAAGAACGUCCGCAUUCCCCGUACCCGCAUGCUGAUGCGCCAUGCGCAAGUCAAUGCCGACGGCAGCUAUGUCAGUAGUCCGGCGAAUGUCCUCACCUACUUCGCCAUGGUGCGCACGCGCUGUGUAAUUGCCUGGAACAAUGCCGUGAUGCUGGCGAUUGGCGCCACCAUCGCCACUCGCUAUUCGGCCGUGCGCCGACAGAGUCCCAUCAAUCCCAAGGAGCCAGAGCCACAGAUUAUGGACCACGUGACGCAGCAAAUGAAGCUGUUUCCGGAGAUAGCGACCAGCGUGGCCUACCGCCUGGCCAGCGCGCACCUCUGGAACCUGUACGACAUUACCUUGGGCGACAUAUCCAACGGAAAGUAUGAGCGUCUCCCGGAGCUGCACUCUCUGUCCUGUGCCUUAAAAGUGAACUGCUCUUCGGACUCGACCAUCGGCGUUGAGAGGCUGCGCCUGGCCUGCGGAGGUCAUGGCUAUCUCAGCUCCUCCAAUAUGUGCCACGUCUACGUGAAUGCCACGGCAGCUUGCACCUAUGAAGGCGAGAACACAGUUCUGCUCCUGCAGAUUGGCCGCUUUCUGAUGAAGUCGUGGCGCGCGGCGCUGAGUGGAGCUCCCCUAGCACCCACCGUUAUGUACUUGGCUGAGGUGCAAAAGAAGCCCGAAUUUGGUUCGUGGACCGGCACCUGGGAGAACAUGGUGCAUGCUAUGCAGUUUGCUGCCGCCAAAAAGACCGCCUUGGCUUUCAAGAGUCUGUCCAAUCGUCUGUCCAGAGGCGAAACUGAGGAGACAGCAGCCAACCACACGGGAAUCGAGCUCGCUCAGGCAGCUGAGCUACAUGGCCGCGCCUUUGUUUUCUCCUCAUUUGCCGACGAGGUAACUGGUCCCAAGGCAAAGACUCGCUCAGCUGCGCUGAACCGAGUCCUGGAGAACCUAUUGGAACUUUACGUGGUCAAGGAGUCGCUCAAUCACAUGGCCAACUUUCUUCGAUUCAUCAAUUUGACGGACACGGAUCUGACCCGGCUGCAGGACCGCUUGGAAACGGUGCUGACCAAGCUCCGUCCCGAUGCUGUGGCCAUUGUGGAUGGCUUCGACUUUAGCGAUGUGCAACUUAACUCCACGCUGGGCUCCUUUGACGGCAAUGCCUACGAGAGAAUUUUCGAUGCGGCCAUGAAGAAUCCCAUGAACCAGAAGUCGGUUCCAAAGUCCUUCCACGAGCAUCUUAAGCCCUUCAUGAAGUCAAAUAUCUAGUACCAGUGCAAUCUAAAUAUGUAUAUGUUUAUGACUCUUAUAAGUGUGUGAUCAAAAUAUCUUUUUUGUAUUGUUA